GGGGAAAUCGAGCACUUGGACGACAUCUGAUCCCCGGAAACUGUGUCGCUCUUUCGACAUUUUUUGAUGUAGUUUGGGCUGACCACACGAUUCUCCCGUCAUGACUUGCGCGACGCCGUCGACGAGCCAACAUCACGCAGAACGAUAGCCACGGCAACGAGAGACUGCGCGCCAGCCUCGACAAUGCUUCGUCCCUGCCAGCAGGCUAUGGGAGCUGCGCGGCCGACACGAUCAUGUCAAGGAGCGACCAUGUGAUGGAGGUCAGGGCCGACAGCCCGGGCUUCAGUUUCACAUUCCUCAUCUACUGCAUCGUCAGCGGGCUCCUUGCCAUUUUCUUUCUCCUCUACUUCAAUCGCCUCUUCGGAUCCAUCGCGUCGUACGCCAUUAGAGCAUACACUUGGCAUAAAUACCGCGCGUACAUCGACAUAAGCGCGUUGCAAAUAUCUCUCCUCGCCGGACGCAUCUUCUUUACCGGCCUCCGCUACCACGGAUCCAACGAGACCUUCCUGGUCCAAUACGGUGACAUCACCUGGCGAUAUUGGCUACGUCGCGUGCGAGAAGCCGACAUACGGAGUACAAGGAACACAGGAGAGGGUGUCACCGCCGAUAAGAAUGCAGGGUUGCCGUGCCGUAUCAACGUUAAGCUCGUUGGUGUCGAGUGGUUCGUCUAUAAUCGCAGCCCAGCGUAUGACACCAUUCUUGAGGGCUUGGCAGACAUUGGGCCCCCAAAGGCGCGAUCCAGCGAUCUAUCUGACGCGAACGAGAAGUCUGGCUUGCGGCCCAGGAGCAAACCGCACAAUGGGAUGGUCGAUGCUGCAGAUCUCCCCCAACGGCCGAACAAGGGCCCCAAGCAGCCACAUCCAGACCUGGCACGCUCCAUAGCCGAGUCAGGAAGCAUCAACAGCGAUGCAAGAGAAGACAACGCCGAGCUUCCGUUCCUCCUCCAGCUAUUCCCCAUACAGGUGGAGUGCCAGAAACCCGCCCUGGUCCUAGGCAACGACAACGCCAAGGCAAUACUUAUCGUCAAGGCCAGCUCGGCCUCCGCUAUCGUAGAUGCUUCAAAAACUCAAACGUGCGACCAGUACCGCCAAGACUUUAACAUACGCUUCAAUCAUCCGGUCGUGGAACUGAGGGAGAAUGAUGAGUUCAAAGAGGAUCAAGUAUCGCGAGCGACUAGGCAGCGUCAUGGCAACCCGGAUUCUGUUCCGACGCCCUCGAGGUCCUUGUUCCGGCACCACCGCCGAAAAGUCGUACAUUCGCUUCGAAACCUGGUUCCAUACUGGCGACGCUCUGUGGAAUCCUUCUCCACCGACUCCAGAGGGGCAGAGGCCGCAACUGCAUCUCAGGUCCCUGGGUCGAGCCACUGGCAGGGCCUCUCGAGGUAUCUUGAUGACCAGGACCAAGACGACAAGGCGCGAUGGGCAUCAGUCGAGUACGCUGCGGUCUCUACGAUUAUAGACUCCCCGGAGGCUACUUUACGGAUUUAUUGGGACGCCGUCAGCAAAGUCACGACUCAGGAAGCCCUGACGACCCUACCCCCUGCGUCAAAUAACGUCAAUGGCAGCGAACCGCCCGCAUGGGGGAUGAAUCUCUCAAUCAAUGGUGGAACCGUCAACUACGGGCCGUGGGCAGAUCGCCAACGUGCGGAGUUGCAGCGUGUUUUCUUCCCGACCCUUGCGAAAGAUACAACACCUGCUAAAGCACUUUCAGCCGGCGCUUGGAGAGUGGCCACACAGUUCAAGCUCUCUGUAGACAUCGAGAAUGCGGUCACUCUUCGUAUUCCCAUCCGGGAGGAAUCCAAGAAUUGGCGGUGGAGGGGCAAAGAGCCCCCAAUCCGACAUCAGGGAGGGCCCUACAAAAGAAAGCAGAGAAGCAAGGCCAAGAGUAGUAAGGGAGAUGGCACCCAUUCACGACCCUCGGGUUGGCUAGAGGUUAAGGUACCAGACGAUACGACGGUCUCUUAUUCAAUGGACAUGCUUGCCAGCGCUCUUGGUUAUAGCAACCAUCUCAGUAUCGAUCUCCCGAGCACAGAACUUUGGAGCAGUGUCAAUCACGAUUUGCUCUGGACGUCCGGCCCACAAAAGAUAUCUUGCGACCUCUCAAACCCUUUACCUUGGAACACUUUGCGCAACUGGCAAUUUACGGUGGAUAGCGACGACACGAAGCUAUACUUGUUGCGCGACCACAUCUUUCUGCUGAUCGACCUGGUGGAUGAUUGGGGUAGUGGGCCCCUUGUCGAGUAUCUUGUUUUCACGCCGUACAAGUAUCACCUGAACCUGAACCUCCGGAACGUGGAGCUUUACCUCAACGUCAACGACGAAAAUAUCAUAGACAAGCCGACGUCCCUGGACGACAAUGCCUUCCUAAUCCUGUCCAGUCCCCUCUUGCAUACCGAACUUACCAUACCGCUGGACAAGUUCCGCCCGAGCAAGAACUCCAUCCCUUUCGACAUCCGCGCAGACAGCUUUGACCUUGCUCUGCACACAUCGCAAUCGAGUACCCACACCGCCUUCUUAUCUUCAAACGAGAUCGGCCAUGGAGAAGGGCUUGCCGUCACCGGAAGUUAUCAAUACAAUGCAACAACCUCGCCAAUCAACACCGACACUCUUAUUCUGAAUGUUCACGGACAGUCCCCAUAUGCCUAUCUCUAUGGUUUUGUAAUUCGAUACUUCAUCCUGCUGAAAGACAACUACUUCGGGGACCACGUCCACUUCAAGACGCUGGAUGAGUAUCAAGAACAACUGCAGGCAGCUACGACGAAGCAGCUUCAUGACCCCCCAGCCGGUCCUCCCAACAAAAAGUCCAAUGACCUUGAUGUCAUUUUGGCCAUCAAAGUGGACGAUCCUCGCAUCAUGAUUCCUGUCAAUCUAUACUGCGCUGAUCGAUUUGUACAAUGCGAGCUGGUCAGCCUCUGUGUUGACCUGCGUUUCACCAACUACUACAUGGAUAUGGAGCUAGAGCUAAGCCCUUUGAGCCUGUCUAUCGGUCUUCCGGGAACUAGCCAGGAGUCGCCAGGCCUCGCAUAUUCUAACACGCAGCUUUUCAUUGAUGGUCUACGCGUCUUUGGCCACCGCACUUUUGGGCUGCCACCUUCGGAGCCCACAUAUCUUUGCAACUGGGAUGUGUCAGUCGGUGCUGUCGGAGGAGAGUGCACGGGCGAGUUCCUCGCCUCUCUCGCCAAAGGUGGCGCAGCAUUUGGUUUCAUGUUUGACGACGUGGAGAAUGCACUGGUUCCGUAUUCAUCUCUCGUCUUUCACGACAUUACCUUCGUGCGAGUAGACGUCUCGUCUUGCCACCUCUGGGUCCGGGUCGAGGAAGCGGCGUUCCUACUCUCAACAGAUGCCAUCCGGGUGAACAGCAAUGAUUGGGCAGGAUCACACUACUCCAAGAGAGCCAAUAUCAGCAUACCCAAUAUAGAGCUGUCAUGUGUCAAUGCAGAGUCGGCAGCGAGGCACUACUCGCGAAGACAGCAUCCGGUGGAAACAGCAGCUUAUCUACGGACGGACGUACGCCUGUCCACAAUCGGCAGGAAGUUCCACUUCAGCGAAGAGCGGAAAAUCCAGCAAGAUCUGGUUCGACGCGAGGAUCAACGCACCGGCAGGACUCCCUUUCUAUUACUCGAUGAAUUCGGCAAUGACUUCGUCCCAGAGGUUGUCGAUCCUCCUGCGCAAUGCGCUCCGCCCCCGCCAUAUCCGGCGACUGAUGUUAUGGACGAAGAUGCCUCAUAUCGUAGCGCGUCGAGCUCUCACCGCUCGAAUCGCUUGCGGCACCAAAGCUCGUUUCUCUCCUCGUCUAGUUCGAGCACCAACAGCGUUCGGAAAGCACUUAGACCUGUCGGUGGGCAAAUUUCAGCAAAGCAGAAGGAUCUCUCGUCUAGACAUGAUCUGUAUCCAGUGGCUUACACGCAAAGGAAAACAUCUGGCUCAAGUGGGGGUCGACCUUUUAUCACCCCAGCAAGAGACAAAGACGUUCACGACCACUCUUCUGUCGCCUUCUCGAGUCAAUACUUUGCGCCGCAUUUUCCGCUGGAGGAUAUCCGUGCCGAUGUCCGCGAUGCCACCUUCGCGCCUCUUGAAGAGGAGCAAGAGGACUUUGAGGAUAUCUUUGAGCGAGCGGCGGCAAAAUUGGAUGAUAUUGAUCCGCGGAACCUUAGCGAAGAACAUGUUCAUUCGAGUGCCCUCAUAGAAUUCCCACGGGGAAUCACGGCCUUUUUCACCCCUGAGGCGGUUCGCCAUGCCACUUCACUGUUGGUAGCGUUGCAGCCGACUGAGCCGGAUGAUAUUCUUGACUCUCUACAGGUCGAAUCGAUCAGCGAAAUUUUCACCUCUAAGAAGCAAGAGCAUGUACGCGGCAAGAUGCAAGACAUUUUGGUCAGACUUCCGCAGGCCAAUCUUCGCUUUCUAAACUCUUCCACACUGGAUUCGCCUGAUGAGUUGCAGGAAGCGCAGGACCAGUACGACAUUCGCUUGUCGCGGGUCGCGCUUGUAACUCGCACUGUCACAGAGGCUGGGGGCUCAAAACCACCUAGGACUUCGUUGCACUUUCGCCUUCAGUCCGCAAAGUUAUCGGCCUCAGAACGGCUAUCCUCUCUCCAAGCUCCCCAAGCGGCAGUCAUGGUUCAAGUCGACACCGUCAUGUUUUCACUGGGUGCAAAAGACGUCACCUACUUCGAUGCCGACAUUGGGUCAAUCGUCGGAAGCACGGCGACAGGCAAGAUCGAAUAUCUUGCUGCCCUGAUACAUCGCACGGGGAGCAUAGCGUCGGAUUUAGAGCGUCUGCUACGAGAGACCACUUCUCGCCAAGAUGAUCGAACGAAGUACCUUGUUCACGCCUUGCUACAGGAUGGCAAAUCGGUCAAUGAUCCUUCCUUUCUCAUUCGGCCGUCUGCUGUCCUAAGAUCAGCUCAUCGACACAUCCGAACUGUCGAUUCCUGGAAGCUGAUCAUGCGACUACGCCAUAUUUGGGAGACGGCAGGCGACGGGCUGCGCUCACGACUGUUACAAAACUGCACAGAUAAUUCUUCGUCAUUGCCCGCUGAUGCGGCCGAAUCCGUCAUCUCGGCCUUUCAGAGGUGGCGAAGCUGGGACUUGGAUGAUGUUGCCAGCUCGGUGCUAAUGAUGAAGAUGUUUGGUAAGAUGAAGGGGACCCAACAGGCGGCUUCAUUCCAGGAGUAUCCUCUCUUAGGGGCCUGCCGACUGACAGAGACGCGCUUCGUGCUCGACCCUGGACCAAAGCAGAACAGCAUCUCCUUCCUCGACAUCAGCGUCCGUAUAGACAAGAAGCCAUCUGAUGCGGCGAAUAACCUGCCAGAAGUCCCGGGUUUUGACGGUCCGCUCAUGGUUGUGGACCUCUGCUGUGGAGAUGCAGCAAUUCAUAUGAAUUGGGAACUUUGCGAACUUGCUGAUGACAUUUUACGACUUUACAAUCGGGCGCAAAAACAAGAACGGGAAAAGAAACGGCCAACGAGGCCGCACGUGGAAGAGAGCAUCAAGCCGCCAUCCGCAGUGCAGGUCGUCGUCGAGAUCGUUCAAGGUUCGGUCGAUGUCGAAAUGGUCAACCUUACAUCGAAGACACUGAGCAGUGGGAUCAAGGCAUCCGUUCUGAUGUAUAAUACGGAAGAUCAGGCCAAGUUUGCGAGUGUAAUGGUUAACUGCAAUGCUGUUACGUCGAGGCUGCACAGCCACUCCCAGUUUCUCGGCAUGUAUCAGCUUCGGCAGCCCAGCAUCUUCUUUGCUCACGAGGCAGAGGAGACAGAGGAAACGACCAUACAUGCGAUCAAGGCUACUGCGAGCAACCAAGGCUUCUCUCUCGAGGUCAAACAAGACCCACUUGUGCUCCUCGAAGUCUUUGACCUGUUGGUCAAAGAUGAGGUUGCUCAGCUAUAUCGCCUCAAAAAGCAGGUCCCAGUCUCGCCCACGACUACCGCCGAGCCAGUGAACAUCGCUGAUCGACUGUCGAAAGUCAAGAUCAACAUUGCAAUGUUUCUGGACGGAUACACAAUAACCAUUCCCCUUUUGCAGUCUUUGACAUACAAGAUCACGGGAGUCGUGGCGCGAGCGUCUUGUGCCACAAACUACGGCCAGGACUUGAUAUUCGAUUUCGACGUCAAAGAGAACUCGCACGAGACGCAAAUCAACGUAAAAAACAAGCCGCAGAGUAUCUCGCUACUUCAAAUCCCCCCAACGAAUGGUCGCAUCACCAGCCGAACGAGCGGAUUGCAACGUGCGGUAACGGUUCUGUCCUCGGUCGAGGUUAUUCAGCUAGAUGCGUCUGCGGUCCACAGCCUCCUCACGGCUCUCAAUAGGCCACAGAUUUCCAGCGCAAUCGAGGACGCGCAGGAACAAUUGACUGUUAUUCGAGGGCACAUGUCUGACAUUUUUGGCUCAAGCGCCCCUCCUACCCCGACAGAUAUCCAAAAGCCCGGCACAAGUUUGGCAUACAACGUUCAUUUGACACUAGCAGGCUUGCGCAUUUUUGCAAAAACGGCAUUGAAGUCGAACAUUGAGCCAACUGCACAGAUUCUCUUUUCAUUAGAGAAGGUGUAUUUGCAGGUUUGCAACCAGCAGGAUCCCAAUGGGCCGGCACUCAAGUACCCGGACCUGCAUGUGAAUCUGCGCCAGAUAAGUCUCGAUAUCCUCAGAGGCAGACAAGAUGCCAUGAGAUCGUGCGGGAGAGUAGGCGCCAGCGUGACGGUUUCAGCCAGCUCCAGGCGUAGCGCAGAUGGGAGGGAGGAUUGGCAUCUGAACUUCCGCAGCGAUGACCUGGACAUUAGUCUCUCUCCAGAGACGGUAUCCACGGUGAUUGACGUUAUAGGCUAUAUGGGCUCGAAAAUCAAGGAUCUCGACACAUCUCGCGAACUGGAGUACCUGCGAAAAUUGCGACAGUCGAAACCCCGCAUCACAAUCAACGAUGACGAGGUCACGGUCGCUGAUGCUGAUAUCUUGGACUCGGUUCUGGCGUCUGUGGUGUACCACUUUGAGCUCCGAAACAUUCGAGUAUCAUGGGAUGUGGCGGAUGAGUCGCAAGACCACGAUACUUCCAAGGAGGACCUAGUUCUCUCCAUCAAGCUCAUUGAGUUUGGUACAAGGACACGCAAAUCUGCAAGACUCACCAUCGCCAACUUCCAGCUUCAAACAGUACCACCGGGACAAGACAAGAAUCUGCGAUCUCUACAUUCGGCGCUUCUCCCUGAAGUAAUCUUCAAUGUGGCAUAUGUAUCCACACCCGAGGCACGCCGGAUGGCAUUUCAAGCCACCGGGGAGUCUCUAGAUCUGCGGCUUACCUCUGGUUUCAUUGUACCAGCCGCGAAUCUAGUGGAGUCGAUUUCUCUGUCUACGAAAAAUGUCCGCAAGGCAUCAGCGCAGUGGGCAACAGCAGCUGCGACCGCAAACAAGAAGCCGGAUGAACCUCCCGUUGUUCAACGACAACGUAGCUUAUUCGGCAAAAAACGAUUGGAGAGUCUUCUGGUCGACGCCGAUUUCGCAGGUGCUGUUGUCUACGUUGCCAGCGGUAGCAGUAGAAGUGGUGGGCCUACCGCCAAAUACGGACAACCAUCGCUGGCCGGCAAAUAUGGGCAGUUCAACGCGGAUGACUCCGGAAGUGGCGCCGUUCUUCGAAGCCCCGGCCUGGCUUGGAAGUGCGAGUAUAGAGACAAUGGCAAAGAGGACCCCUCGCUGUACGGCGAGGUGAAAAUCGAUGCCUCGAGCAACAUCCUGUACCCUUCAGUGGUUCCUCUGGUCCUCGACAUUCUCGCCAGUGUGAAGAAGGUGGUCAGUGACGACACUCGCCAAGACAAGCAGCAGCAAACAUCUCAACCACCAAAGCUCAAGGCUGAGAGAUCUGCGGAUGAAGAUAACAUUCUCACCGCAGACCCUAGCGCCGUGCUGGGCCGACUGCGGCUGAAUCUGGGGUUGCGAAUAUGCAGGCAGGAGUUUUCUCUCAGCUGUCAGCCUAUUGCUAGAGUCGCUGCCACGACUGGAUUCGACAACGUCUACUUCACUGUCAACACGGUCACAUCGCAAGAACAGGGUAACUUUUUCGCCAUCUCUGGUGUUUUGACCAGGCCUAUGGCGUCAGUCCAGCACGUGUAUUCCAGAGAAUCAACAGCAGGCUUCGAAGUGGAUGCGGUUACACUAUCAUCAAUGAACAGCAAGCACGUCAGUGGUACCAGCGGCGUGUCCGCCAUCCUCAAGGUCAGCCCAAUGAAGAUCUCGGCCAACGCCAAACAAGCCCAGGAUUUCUUGCUCUUCCGGGAGAUCUGGUAUCCUCGAGACUUGCGCCGCGCCUCGACGGCACCAGUAGCCAGGCUGCAAACCGAAACAUCGCAGGGCCAUCUGGUCCAGCGAUACCAGCAAGUGGCUGCAACAGCGGCAUUCCCCUGGACUGCUACGAUAUCAAUCGAAGCUCUGGAUGUGAGCGUCGACUUGGGUCAAGCCAUCGGCAAGUCCGUAUUCCAAAUCAGUGACUUUUGGGUGUCGUCGAAGAAGACCUCAGAUUGGGAGCAGAACCUGUGCCUUGGCUUCAAAAGCAUUGGCGUGGACUGCACAGGCCGAUUGAGUGGCUUCGUCGCGCUACAACAUUUCAGAAUGCGAAGCUCCAUCCAAUGGCCCAAACGGGAAGAGGCGCUCAAUGAAACACCCUUGGUCCAGGCAUCACUAGCAUUCAAUGCCCUCCGUGUCAAAGCUGCAUUUGAUUACCAGGCAUUCCUAGUAGCCGACGUCACAUCGCUGGAACUCCUCAUGUACAACGUGCGUGAGCGACGACAUGGCAGGGGAGAUCGUCUCGUCGCCAUAUUCGACGGGGAUGCAGUGCAAGUCUUUGGGACCGCAACGUCAGCCGCACAGGGUCUUGCACUCUGGCAAGCCAUCCAGAAGCUGAUACAGGAGAGGAGAGAAAAUCUGGAAUCGUCACUACGAGACAUUGAGAAGUUCAUGAGACGGACAUCAAGCACGUCACGGAAUGUGCCUCAGUCAUCGCCGCCAAUCCCAAAACUCCCAGAGGACGAUACCAUGGCUAAAUCGCCCAUUUCCCUGGACACGGACGUGGUUGUGACACUCAAAGCGCUGAACCUGGGCGUGUUCCCAAGCACCUUUUCGGAUCACCAGGUAUUCAAGAUGGAGGCAUUCGACGCCUACGCUAGAUUUGCAGCUAGCGUCGAGCACAGACGGAUACACAGCAUUCUCCGUAUGACCCUCGGCCAGCUCCGCAUCGGGCUGGCAGGGGUCCGAAAUGUCGAAGCCCCCAAGACACUCAGUGAGAUGACGGUGGAAGACGUUGUGUCGAAGGCUACGGGCUCUCGGGGUGGCACAAUCCUCAAGGUACCUCGCGUGGAAGCAGUGAUGGAGACGUGGCAAGCGCCCAACAGCAACCACAUCGAAUACAUCUUCAAAAGCGCAUUUGAAGGCAAGGUCGAGGUCGGGUGGAAUUACUCGCGCGUCAGCUACAUCCGCGGCAUGUGGGCGAACCACUGCAAGUCCCUGGAGCAAACAUGGGGACGGCAACUACCGAUGACGGCAGUCAAGAUUACGGGAGUGCCGGAGACAGAAGGCGAAGGCGACCAAAAGAUUACCGCCGAAGUCAACGUGCCGCAGUCCAAGUAUGACUACCGGGCGCUGGAACCUCCCAUCAUUGAAACACCCCAGCUCCGUGACAUGGGAGAGGCGACACCACCACUCGAAUGGAUCGGACUCCACCGAGAAAAGCUACCAAACUUGACUCACCAGAUUGUCAUUGUUUCGCUGCUAGAGUUGGCAGGAGAGGUGGAAGACGCGUAUUCACGGAUCUUGGGUUCAUCAUGAAAUUCGUGACCAAGGCGGUGUGUGAGUCACUAUCAUGAGGCACAAGCCUCAGCAUUGCAAGACGGUGUCGUUCUACGAUAUGUGAGCGAAGCAGAUGGAAGCGCUGCGUUGAAAUAACAAGGGCGUUCUGGGUACAGUUUACAUUUCUGAAUAGACUUGGCAAGGGUGUUUCAUCUCAGGCUGCUUGGCACACGGUGGUUGAGGAGCCUCGCAGAAGUGGCCAUCAACGGAUGACAAAGCGAACUUUAGUAGUUCUUGAGCGGCGGGCAAACCGGGGGGAAGCUUUUACUCACGGGAGUGCCACCGUUUAUUGGCUCGGGGCCAAGGUGUGGUGGGCAUCUCGCAUCCGUUGCUUGAGCUCCAGCCUCAUCUUGCAGCACUGGCUCGCCCAUUGUUGCCACAGCUGGCAUGGUGCGAGUCACAGGGUCGGGAUUAUGAUGCAUGCAGUCACGGCGGUGGUUGCAGACUCAGUCGGCGACGACUGUCUGCCUGGGCAGGGUGAUGAUGAGUAGGAUCAUGUCGUGCGAGCCAGUGCUGAGGUGCAAAGAGCUCCGCGUAUCAUAUGUUAGAGACGAAUCGGCACAACAUGCGUUUGG